AGUCCCUUCUGGUCCCCCUUCAGUCGAACUAUGGCAUGGACAAGAGCAGCGAGGCAAAGCAGAGCUUUUGUUAGGAGUCACAGCUCAGUUUUUGGGUUGCCAGGCAGGAUCGAGUCGCAAUUCCUUUCACCUCUGCACCAGGACUGUGUAGAUUUCAACUAAAACUCAACCAUGCUGCAGAAUAUACUGAAAUGUCUUGUUCUCUUCAUCCUCCAAACAGCAUCAGGUGAUGACUGCUCUUUGGAGAUUUCUCCCUCGAGAGCAGUGGUGAGGUUUGGAGAAGCAGUGUCGGUCAGCUGCGUGGCGUCCCGGCCUGUGCGUGUGUUAGGAUGGGAAUCAGCCAUCGGCGCGUCGUACACUCAGCGUGACCUCGCAGUCCAGUGGCAGGUGGACAGCUUGAUCGACUGGAUCGAGGAGCCAAUCUGCUACGGGGUUUUCUUCACUGCACCCAGACAGUGUGAAGAGAAGCUCAACCUUGUUCUAUACAAAACUCCAGACAGCAUCUCCAUCAGCUUGGUGAACCACACCGGAGCCAUGGUGGAAGGCAGAGAGUACCAGCUGCUGUGUGAGGUACAGAACAUAGCACCAGUCCAGUAUCUCACGCUACGGUGGUACCGAGGGCAGACUGAAGUUUACAAUAACACCUUCUCCGAGCUGUCACCUGCCACCCCAGUCCAAGUGUCUUCCACCCUGCUGAUCACGCCAAGCAAAGCGGAGGAUGGAGCUCCGUACAGCUGUGAGGCAGCACUGGAACUGGGACUGGAAGGACCCCAGCCUCCUCCCAGAGUGAAAUCAGAGCCUCUCAGCAUUAAUGUUCACUAUCCUCCUGACUCAUUCGACCCACAGCAGGAGGUUGUUGAGCUCGACGACGGUGAUAAGAUCACGCUGAACUGCUCAGUAGGAGGAAAUCCGCCACCUCUGUACAGCUGGAGCUCACUUCACCUGCAGGAAACUGACGAUAAUCAGCCACUUUUCACAGCUUCUUCCUCAGGCACUUACACCUGUACUGCAUACAAUUUACUGGGCAAAUCGAGCAAGCAGUUCAUCAUCAAGCUCAAAUCCAAAGGUGUUUAGUUUCACUCGUCUUCCUGGUGUUUAAACUGGAUGGAUUUACAGAUGGUGUGAAGACAUCUGAUGUCCAAACCUGCCAGAGCCUGCAAUAUAAAUCUUCCAUUAUCCCCUGUGAUUAUCGCAUCCUUGAAUAUUUCUAACAUGCUGUGUAAUGUCUAUCAUAGAUGAUUUAAUGUCUCAACUUGUUUAACAUUUUAAAACAUAUUUUUAAAAUAAAAUGAGCAUAUACACACCUGCUUUUAUUCAGUGUAUCUGCGGUAGAGCUGGCAGGAGUUAUGGAAGAUAUGGCUUUCAAUUUCCUGGAUAUUUUUUUGUGUGUAGUGAAGACACACACACACACACACAGGUAUCAGACGGGCUGGUUGAGUUUUUCAGAAACUGCUGAUCUUCUGCUAGGAUUUUCACACACAACAUUCUUUAGACAUUCUCUAGAGUUUACUCAGAAUGGUGUGAAAAACAAAAAAACAUCCUGUGAGCAGAUGCCUUGUUUAUCAGAUCAUCUUAGCUGGAAAGGCUACAGUAACCCAAAUAAUCACUCAGAAGACUCAACACACCAAACCUUGAGGUGGAUGAGCUACAACAGCAGAAGACCACAUCAGGUUCCUCUCCUGUCAGCCAAGAACAAGAAUCUGAGGCAGACUCUGGGCAGCUGAAGACUGAAAUAAGACAAGGUGAUUUUCUGAUCUUCAUCUGUGUCCAGAUUUAUUGUUUUUUCUGUUAUAAUCAGCUAAACUCUUCUCUUCUGUGAAGGUUUUCCACUAGAUGUUGGAGUGUGUCUGUGGGGAUUAGUGAUCAUUCAGCUACAAGAGCGUUAGUGAGAUCAGACACUGAUGUUGUAAGAGUGAGGGGGUCUGGGGUUCAGUCUGUGUUCCAGUUCAUCCCAAAGGUAUUCAGUGGGGUUGAGUCAGAGUCAGGGCUCAGUGCCGGACACUCCAGUUCUUCCACUCCAAACUUCUCAAACCAUGUCUUCAUGGAGCUCUGUGCUUUGUGUACAGGGGCAUUGUCAUGAUGGAACAGGGUUCAAGUCUCUUAGUUCCAGUGAAGAGAAGCUGUAAUGUUACACACAGCACACAGAGACACAUCUAGACAAUUGUAUGUUUCAGUUUAAGGAAGAAGCAUAUCUGGGUGUGAUGGUCAGGGGUGCACAUACUUUUGGCCAUGAAGUAUUUUUUGGACAUCUCUAGGAUCAAAGCUUUAAUCAUAUAAUGAUUCAUUAUUCUGUGGCUGGUGGAAUAUUGUGGAAAGCUUGUAGGUGUAUAUGUGUUCAAGGAACAGGGCUGAGUGAAUGUUUUAAUGAAUUUCAGAGGAAGUGUGGGCUGAAUGAGCUAAUGUUUUAUUUGAACCAAUGUAAUAUUUAAUGUUAAGUGCUAUAGGAUCUAGUAAUGUUUUAUACCACCAGCUCUGUUGAAUUCUGACUGGUCAGAAGGUGUGGAUUAAUUUUCCAUAACUGCAGCUCUGACUGUUGUGCAGCUUCAUUUCAAUUCACAGGUUUAUACGAACACUAACAUAAUAAUAUU